CACUUCCAUUUCCUCGCGCCAAAGCCCCUCUCCUUCAGAGUUUCGAUUUUCAUUUCUGAUAAUUAUUUAGUAAUAACAAAUAUGUAAUUCAUUUCUAAUAAAUUUUUAUCAAAUGUACAGAAAGAAAAAUCCUCUCAGGGGUUGAUUUGAUUUAGGAAUCGAGGGUUCUUGAAAAAAAUAAUUAGGGUUUUGUGGGUUCUUGUUUUAAGAGAUGGACAAGAGAAAACUGGGUGUUCCUUUAGUUUGCCAUGGACAUUCACGUCCUGUUGUGGAUUUGUUCUAUAGUCCAGUGACUCCAGAUGGUUUCUUUCUCAUUAGUGCAAGCAAAGAUUCUAGUCCUAUGCUGAGAAAUGGAGAGACUGGUGAUUGGAUUGGAACCUUUGAAGGUCAUAAAGGUGCAGUUUGGAGUUGUUGUUUGGAUACAAAUGCUUUACGCGCUGCAUCCGGUUCGGCUGAUUUCACUGCGAGAAUAUGGGAUGCUUUGACUGGUGAUGAACUGCAUUCGUUUGAACACAAGCAUAUUGUUCGGGCAUGUGCCUUCUCUGAGAAUGCACACCGUCUUUUGACCGGAGGAAUCGAGAAAGUGCUUCGUAUUUUCGAUUUGAAUCGUCCAGAUGCAACUCCAAGAGAAGUUGAAAAGUCUCCUGGUUCAAUUAGAACUGCGCAAUGGCUUCAUAGUGAUCAAACAAUAUUGAGUUCAUGCACUGAUAUUGGGGGUGUGAGAUUGUGGGAUGUUAGAAGCGGGAAGAUUGUUCAAACUCUUGAAACCGAGUCAUCUGUCACUAGUGCUGAAGUGAGCCAGGAUGGUCGUUAUAUCACAACUGCUGAUGGUUCUAGUGUGAAGUUUUGGGAUGCGAACCAUUUUGGAUUGGUAAGGAGCUUCAAUAUGCCCUGUGUUGUGGAAUCGGCUUCUUUGGAACCCAAACUUGGUAACAAAUUCAUUGCUGGGGGAGGAGACAUGUGGAUUCGAUUGUUCGAUUUCCAUACUGGUGAAGAGAUUGCUUGCAAUAAAGGACAUCACGGACCUGCACAUUGUGUUCGAUUCUCACCUGGAGGGGAGUCUUAUGCAUCAGGAUCCGAAGAUGGUACCAUCAGAAUUUGGCAGACAACGUAUCACGAAGACAAUGAUUCAUCUUCAACUAAUGGGUUGAUCACAGGCAACGGGAAAGUGAAGGUGACGGUAGACGAGGUAUCUCGCAAAAUCGAGGGUUUUCACGUUUCCAAAGAUUUAACUGCAUCUGAAGAGAAGAAAGACGAUAUCACUGUGGCAUGACCCUUGAAAAGCACUUCUUUCUAGGUUCAAAGCUAAUGCCUAUGUUUUUUUCCCUCGUUGGUGAGAAUUAUCAGAUUUUGGUAGUUACAGGAACCAAGUUCUUAUUCUGUUUUGUUUUCCUCCUGACAUCUAAUGUUUCAUGGCACUAAGAAUGUUUUCAUAUAACAUCCUUCAUGUGUACUUUUGAAUGCUUUUGCAAAUGUAAAACUUUGGGACA